AUGAGUUUUCAAAGCAGUAAACUUGUUUCCUAAACUUGGAAUACUCUGUCAAAGGACAUUAUCAUUACCACUGUACUGAUUCUUUCCAUUACUAGCUUCCCUGUGAUAACUGAAAGAGAUUUGAAGAAUGCAAAACCCAUUUCCAUUAAUAAAAAUAUGGGAGCAUUUUAAAUAUAAUGUAAAUGUGUGUUAACAUUUUGAAGUUCUGGCUAAUGCUAAUUAAGAAACAGUAUUUACAUUACAACAGCUUUGGACAAGGCUUUCGUUUGCCAGAGUAGUGUUCCCUCUUACCUACCUAUCAAACUAAUUUAAAAUGUCCAUUUACAUUGUUGCUAAAUGUUAAGACUUGAAAGCAGAGAUUUUUUUCUUCCCUUAACAUUAAUGCUUAGAAUUGAUUUUGUAUUACUCUGCCAAUUUCUUUAAGUGCUAACCAACCCAUUAUAAUAAAUGAUAAGGAGGGAUUUGUGUACUUGGAAUUCAACCUGUAGGAUUUAGAGAAAGCCCUUGUGCUUGCGGACAAGCCAACUGCUUAUUUAUUGAAAAGGCACUUUGUCAAGAGUCCUGUUCCUCUGCUCUGACCGGCUCUUAUUGUGACAGGCAGAAUUUUUCAAAGUGGCAUUUGUCUCUCAAUACACUUCUUAUUCGAUGGAGCAAAGGGAGGACAUAACAUAGGGUUCACAGACAUACAUACAGCCCUUAGUAUUAGGACUGACUAUAUGUGGGCAGAUCUCUUGUGUCUACGUGGAGCCACAUUGAUUUCAGAGGGGCCCCCACAGGCAUCAGUUGCAGGACUGUGACGUAAGGAACCCAAACCAGUUACUUUUUGGUUGCUUCACUGGAAAUCUACGUAGGAUUCACAUUUUAACAGUCAGUAUUGUGGAACUGGAGUGAGUGAAAAUGUUUUAAACUAAGAUGAAACUUAAAGCCUGCAUAUGUUGACAGUCUUUCCACAGUAGCAUGGUGGUGGUGCUACUUAUAUGAGACUAAUAUUUCUUAAUUACCUAAAGUCUGGCACCUAAUCUAGGGUUACAGGUGAAAAAUGGAGGGCUACAACAGGAAAAGACAGGGUUAUAAGAACUUAAUGGGAAACUUAAGAACUUAAUGAGAAAAAACAAAAAUAUCGAACAACAUAAAACCCAGAGAACUCUCAUUAUUUUUUCCAGUUACACAAAAACAUAAUUUUUGCUUAUAUUUCUGUAAAUGAGAAAUUGGGUGCAGAAGUCUUCUGUUAUUACAAAAGUUUAUGAAAGAUAAGGAGAAAAGUAUAACAGGGCAUGUGCACAUACAUGUGAACCGGAUCCUAGAGCCCUUACCUUGCACCCUUGAGGAAAUUCCUUUCUCUAAAAGUACUUCAAAUUAUAGCAUCUGCAAGUAAAGUAUAAUCAGCAUUGUAUUUAUUGCUUCCAGAAAACUAGAACUGCACUUAUCCUAUUAUGUCCCAUUAUCCUAUUAUUUUUGGUAACCUGUCUCUGCUUGUUUGUCUCCUUCACUAGUAUCUCAUCCUUUCGACUUUAGCCUCUUUGAGGCAGGGACUGUUUUAUGUCAGUUUGUAUAUCCCCUGGCAUAAUGGGGACCUAGUUGUGGGGGCCUCAGAUCAUUACCUCAGUUUAAAAGCUGAAAAAAUAAAUAUCGUUCUGUUGUUACAAAUGAUUCAACUACAUGAAUUCUUUCUAGUCAUUUAGCCACCAGUUGAACAACUGAACCAGCUUGUGCAAAACCUUAGGCAUCAGAUCACUACUCUGUGAUUUACCCUCUCCCCCCUUGUGCUGAAGCCAAUUAGCACUUAAUCAGGUUUCUUUAUCUUGCGUAGCACAAGAGAUGAAGUAUCCAAGAAACCGUCUACAGGGUACUAAUAACCCAGAUUGGGUUUGUUAUGCUACUUGUGUAACAUCAGUAGUUGCUUUGCAUGCCACAGGAACAUAAUAUGCACGUUGCUGCCAAAUUUUCCCCUAGGGCUAUCUUUGGAAUAUCUACACUUCUCACUAGUAGAUCUUUGAACACAUGGAUGUUGGGUAAUGAGGUGUCCUGUGAUAAACUGCAAUUGUGACAUAAGAGUUUUUUCAGAACCCUAACACCGCUGUAGUGUGGUGCUAGCCCAGGAGAAUACAGUUGGAUGCUUGGUUGUGUAACAUUUGUUACCUUACUGAGCAAUGGGAAAGGUGAUUUCAGCUUUUCACUUGUUGAGCAGAUUUAAUUUGAUAUGGAAAAUGUUAGCGUGAAAUAUGUGAGUCAGAAGCAAACAGGAAAAGUGACAUUUGUAUGACUUAAUUAGUAAGUUUGGAAAGAGCCCCCCUCUAAUCAUUGGUAGAACUGGUCCUUUCAUUAUCCUUCUGCCUUGGUAUCUUGUCACCUGUACUUCACAGUGAUAUUUGGAAACAGAGAUUGGCAUUUUUAAAUUGAAAAAAGCAAGUGGAUUGUGAUUUAUGCUGGCUUCAUACAGCUUUCAGACCUGUCAUUUAUAUUUGUGUGUAUUCAUUUUUUAGGAAAUUUAAACUUUUCAUGUUUCUUAUUAUGUCUGAAUGUCUUGUUGACAUCAGAGAAACCUGCCAGAUAACACCUUUUACAUCUGAUAUUAAUGGAUCCUCAAGUUUGUCAUAUAUUUCCACACAAUGAGUGAAAUGUCACACAUUUUAGAAGGAGACCCUUUCUGCACAGACUACUUAGCAGCCCAGGGGAAAGUGCACUGAAGUACAAGUCAAAUGCCUAGGAGUCCUAAUCCCCUACUGUUCUUAAUAUUUUAGAGUGCUUCGCAAACCCUAUUAACCAAGGACUCAAGAUGUCUGUCGUAGGAGAGGCAACUAUCAUUUAUCUAUUUAGAGAAAAGAUAAUUGAGAGUAUGGACAGCUCUACAGGAAAAAUGAAGAUAGAACGUAGUUUGCUGAUAUGUCAGGUUGGCACACUGCCUUUCAAAUGUCACGGACCAAUUUAUGUGCCAACACAGCAUGACCAGCAAGGUUCUAGUGCCUAGACCAUAAAUAUAGGCAUAGGAGUUAACUGCUGUCUCCUUCCAACUGUGCAUUGUUCUUUAGCUCAGAUAGGAGAAACUUAUGCUUUUAGAAUGAGAGGUUACAGAUUCAGUCAUUGCUGGUGGAUUAUUACACUCGAUUAUGCUGUCUCUAACCAGCUAAUCAUAAUUUCUUCCCAGACAUAGGAAGAGAAUCUUGAUACAGUGUGGUUCACAAAUAUUUAUGUAAUUCAUGGUGUCUUCUCUUUAUGGGCUGUUCCUGCUAACAGACAACCUUGCAGUUAUUAGAGGUCAGUUUUGUACGUUAGAAGAGCGUGGGCUGAAACCUUGCUCAUGACUCUCAGGACAGAAAACUGUAUGAAGUAUAUACAGAUUCAGUCUAGGUAGGGAUUUUAAAUAUUUUACUCAUCCCAUAAUGGAUGUUUUGUGGCUCCUGUAUGAAUUGAGUUUGCUUAGAGUUUGAGUUAAAAGCUAGUUGAUAGCUAAUUAAUAUGUGAGAUAGGACACUCAGAACAGCCCAAACUUCACAACUGUGUUCAAGAAUACAUACAUUUUCUGUUUUCUGUUGAAAUAAUAUAGUAAACAUAUAACCUUCUCAUAGCAAUGCUUAAAUACCACAAAUAAACAAACCAUAUCUUGCUGGUAACAUGAGGAAAGCACAAUUAUAGAAAGGUUACCCCACUGUUAUUUGGAAACUUUAACUGUUCUCUUCCUAAGUGAGAUAUAUUUGGACAACCUCAACAUUUGGACUCGCUAGAAUUCACAGCAAGUCUCGAUCACUCAAAUACUUGUGUCCUUAAUGUUAUUAACAAAAGUAGCUCCAUGGUAUUACAAAGUAACUUCAAGAGAGGACUUUUAAGUGGGAAUUUUACAGAGGAGCUUAAAAGGUAAACACCCCCAGCUCUGCUUCCCUGCUCUCUAGAGAGCUGUUUCCUGGAAGAGUGAGACAGACCACAAAGCUGGAGAAAUAUUCCCCAAAGCAGUGAGGAUGUUCUUGGCAGAGGAUACAGCCAUCUCCUCAGAACACCUCACAACACACUAGGUCAUAGUGAGACCUAUCUGAGUCCUUUCCUCUUCCCUGGGAGCUCCAGGGAGGGUUUACUGUGGCUUGCAGAAAGAAAUUCAACAGUUAAUGGAGAAAUGCUUAGUAUCACUGUCUUUAUCUACAUAGGAUGCAAAGUGAUGUUUAAAAAUGCAGUAGUCUAUCCCAAAGCUGUGGCUAGUGCAUCACCAACAAUAAUUUUUGUCUCUUGCAUGAAUUUUUAAAUUCAUGUUAUACAGUGAAUCUGAUUGCUUUUCCUUAGGACUGGACAAGAUGAUUAGGAGCCAGCAUAUGUGAAUAAAAAUGGAUCAAUGUGCUUCCUGAGUCCUGCGUAUGAGAAGACGUGGAUUGAGAUGAGUUGGAAAACAUGCAAAAAAUACAAGUUAUUGAAAAGAAAAAGAAGAAAAUGAAGCAGAAAAGAAAAACACAUGCUGCUCCCAAAUCCAUAGACAGUUUGAUGGUGGAUAUGCCAUUUGCCAAUACAGAUAUCGGAGAUGACUCCGGUAUUACUAGUGCCUCUGAAAAAAAUAUAAAAAAAAAGAGAAAGAGAAAUACUGGAAGAGAGAAAGAAGACAGCAAGACAAUGAAGAAAAACAAAAAGCAAAGCCAGCCAAAUUACUUCAUAUCCCUUCCAAUUACAAACCCAAAGAUUAUUGGAGGUAUUCAGGCUCUCCAAGACAUAAUAGUACAAAAGGAUCACAGGCUUUCUAAAGCAAUGGUUCGUUAUAGUUCCUUGCAUAUCACCCUGUUAGUGAUGCAUUUAUCCAGUGAAGAAGAAGUUGGCAUAGCAGUUGGUGCAUUUUUGGAGAGCAAGGAUUCAAUAGAAGAACUGCUACAGGGAAAACAGUUGGAUUUGUCAUUCCAAGGAAUUGAUGAUUUCAAAAAUGUAGUUGGCUUUGUGAAGUUGGCAGAAGGUGAUUGUACAGCCAUGCUUAUGGAGAUAUCAGAGACCAUGAAGAAGAUAUUUCAAGAAAAGGGCAUCUUGGCAGGAGAAAACAGAGCUUUUAAACCCCAUUUGACCUUCAUGAAAUUGUCAAAAUCACCAGACUUGCAUAAGCAGGUGAAAAAAAUUGAUCUAAACCUGUAUAAGAAUUUUAAAAGCCAUUAUUUUGGAAAUGAAACCCUGCACCGCCUAGAUCUCUGCUCCAUGCUGAAAAAAAAGCAACCCAAUGGCUACUACCACUGUGAGUCUUCUAUCACAGUCAGUGAAAAGAAUGGGGCGGAACCAGAUGAUGCAGAGUUGGUGAGCCUCAGCAAAAGGCUGGUGGAGAAUGCAGUCCUCAAGGCGGUACAACAGUAUCUAGAAGAAACUCAAAAUAAAACCAGACAGACUGAUGGAAGCCCAGUGAAAACUGAGGAUGCAACUAGUGGCAAUAGGAAUGAAAGUGACAGUGAUAACAGAAAGGAAGAAUCAUGAGGCAGACUUAAUGAAGGAGGCAUUGCACAGAGAAUCACUGUCCCUGUUAUCCAAACUGAAUCAGAUAAAGGAGCUGUUAUCAAGCCCUGAGA